AUGGCUAAGCUCUCCAACCCACUUGCAUUCAGCAGAGGUCCUGUCACACUCAUUGUCAGCGUGGUGCUCAUUGCUGUUCUUGUUCCCCUCAUCGUCGUCCAGACCGGCGUUCCGUCCGCCCCACGCAAUGCUCGUCCUGUGCAGGGCAUUGACCUCGACGAAGCAUGGCUCGAUCUCCGGCGGCUGACGGCGAGUUACCAUCCAUACAACAGUCGAGCCAACGAUGAAGCCCACGAUUGGCUGCUUGGUCGGCUGCAACAAAUUGCGAAGGAGAACUCAAAUACCACGUCGGCCACUUCUACGCAGAUCGCACAUAUCUUCGACGACGAUGUGUCCAACUUAACCUACUCCACGUCCGGUCGUCCCUCAGAGCCUGGCAGUGGCACCAGCGUCUACUUCGAAGCAAAGAACGUGAUCGCAUACAUCCCGGGCAAAGAAGAUGAUCCAGAGUGGUUGAGCGCGGCAGAGAUACCGCCGCAGCAUCGGAAAUGUCUCCUCGUAAACGCACACUACGAUUCAGUAUCCUCUGGCUACGGUGCUACCGAUGACGGUAUGGGUGUAAUCACCUUGAUCCAACUGUUCAAGUACUAUACCAUGUCUGGCAAUACGCCAGAACAUGGAAUAGUAUUGCUGUUCAACGAUGGCGAGGAGGACUUUCUUAAUGGGGCCAAUGUCUUCAGUCAGCAUCCCACGUCCAAGCUGGUAAGCUCGUUCCUCAACCUCGAGGGUGCUGGAGCUGGAGGUCGUGCAGCGAUGUUCAGAAGUACAGAUGCAGAAAUCACGAAAGCCUAUGCCAAUUCGCCACACCCUUGGGGCACGAGCAUGUUGGCCGAUGGCUUCAAUCGAGGGCUCGUGCGUAGCCAGACCGACUAUGUCGUCUUCAAUGGCGUCAUGGGCCUACGCGGACUGGAUGUUGCCUUCAUGAAGCCAAGAGCACGGUAUCAUACGAACCAGGACGACAUUCAGCACACGAGCAAGAGCUCGCUCUGGCAUAUGCUCUCGGCAGCUCUUGUCACAACGAAGAAGCUGAGCUCUCAUCCACUGGAGACGAAUCUGAAGGCAGGGAAGACUCCUGGUCACCAGGGCGUAUGGUUCGAUAUCUUCGGCACGCGACUUGUGGUCUUCCAAAUGCACACGCUCUUCGCCGUUUCUGUGACGUUACUCGCCGCUGGCCCAGUCAUACUCGGAGUCGUGAUGUUAUUGCUGUACGCCGCAGACAAGAUGUACCUGUUCUCGGGAACUAGCAGAUAUCACGUCAUUGAUGGAGACGACAAGAUAUCCUUAGGCGGAUGGCGAGGCUUUUUUCGCUUCCCAAUCAUUCUCCUGAUUUCCUGCGCUGCUCCAGUGGCCCUUGCUUAUUUGCUGUUCAAAGAAAACCAGUUCAUCGUACACAGCAGCGAAUGGGCUGUUUGGAGUAUGAUGGUCGCAUCCUUUGUGUUCGUCUCAUGGUUCCUAAGUCGCAUGGCCGACUAUGGUAGACCUUCUGCACUAACACGAGCGUACGGUUUGGGCUGGAUCUGGACAGCUUGGUGGGUAGUCCUCGUCGCCGCCACUGUGGGAGAGCAGCAGCUACAUGUAACCUCAGGCUACUUCGUUCUGAUUUUUGCGGCAGCUGCAUGGCUGGCUACCCUGCUUUCCUAUCUGGAGAUGUUCUCGUUGCAAAAGAAGGAGGUCUUCUGCGACCAAAACUUCGAGGAGUAUGUGGCUACCACAGCUCCAAGCUCAUCUCGACCUGGCCGGCCAAGUGAAGAUGGAGACCAGACUGAAGAGCAAGAGGAAGAGGAAACAGACGAAACGUCAGGCUUGCUCUCGAGACGUGGCGGGUCUGGCUUCAGAAAUUACAAGACUCGAUCAGGUGAGGACGAACACGAAGGUGAUGUUAAGGACGCUACUUCGAAUGGCAACUCUGAGCAGGGAUGGGCGAAAGACCAGUGGAACUGGAUGUGGAUCUUGCAAUUUCUGGCCAUUGUCCCUGUCAACAUUGUCAUCGUUGGCCAGAUGGCGUUCACUUUACUGGACGGCCUCGGUCAGACUGGACCGGAUGGGAGUUCUGUGUUUCUGGUAUAUCUCUCCAUGGCGAUCUUUACGAUUAUCUUGUUCUCGCCCGUUGUCCCCUUCAUUCACAGAUUCUCCUGGCACGUUCCCACGUUCUUAUUACUUGUCUUGAUCGGGACUAUUAUCUACAACCUCAUCGCCUUUCCAUUCUCCGGCAACAAUCGAUUGAAGCUGUUCUUCCAGCAGACGAUCGAUCUCGAUACGGGAAGCAAUAACGUCACAAUACUGGGUCCGACAGUCUUCGCACGGACUGCGAUUCUAUCGCUACCAAGUGCCGAUGAAGAGAACUUGGCAUGGACCAGUGUGGACGGCUUCGUUGAGCGCCGGAGAUACUCUUUCCCGGGCUUAGAUCCGCACGCCGCCAACAUUGACACGCAAUCAGUGGCGGGGAAACCAUACUCGCACUGGCUUGAACUGAAUGUCACUAAGACUAGCAAUAACAGUGAUCUGGUCAGGGCACGUUUCAGCAUUGAGGGGAGGAACACGAGAGCUUGUAAGCUGGUCUUUGACGAGCCCAUCCAGCAUUUCAAAGUCAAGGGGCAAGGCCCGAGAGACGAGCGCUUCAAGUCUGUUCCCGAGGGCGGCAGUAAGGAGAUACGACUGUGGUCUCGUGAAUGGGAUCGGCGCUGGGAAGUCGAUGUGAGAUGGAAUGCAGAUAUGCUUAAGAAUGGCACAAUGCAUGGAAAGGCCGUCUGUCUGUGGAGUGAUGUCAAUCAGCGAGGCGUUCUGCCGGCUUGGGACGAGGCUGUACAUUACAUGCCUGACUGGGUGGCUGUCACGAAAGCUGGCGAUGGACUUCUUGAAGGCUAUAAGCAUUUUGAAGUAUGA